AUGUCGAACAAGAACAAGCAAUUUGUAGUAAAAGUUGGUAUGCUGGGUGAUGUUCAAGUGGGUAAAACAUCCUUGAUGGUAAAAUACGUGAAUGGAAAAUUCGAUGAAGAUUAUAUCAUGACGUUGGGUGUAAACUUUUUAGAGAAGAAGGUCCAAAUUAAAAACACAGAAGUCAAUUUGAUGAUCUGGGACUUGGGUGGUCAAAAGGAAUUUAUGAGUAUGCUUGAUCUUGUUUGUAACGAUUCAUUGGCUUUGUUCUUUAUGUUUGAUCUCACAAGGAAAACAACUCUUCGUUCCGUAAAGGAUUGGUUCCUUCAUUCACGAAAAUAUAACAAACGAGCAUUACCUUUCCUGAUUGGUACAAAAUAUGACAAAUUUAUUGAACUGCCAAAGGAAGAGCAAGAAGAGAUAACAAAGCAAGCCAGAAAGUAUGCAGAGAAGAUGAAAUGUCCUCUCAUUUACAGUAGUGCUGCCGCUGGUAUCAAUAUCAAGAAACUCUUCAAACUUGUGCUUGCCAAGGUCUUUGAUUUCCCACCAAAUAUUGACAAGAUUACUACUGUCGGAGAGCCUCUCCUUGAAUACGAGUAA